AUGGAGUCAUCGCAAAGUGAUCAAAUUGCUCAAACAGUGGAACCGAUACCAAAGAAAGAUCCAAAGAAAAGUUUCUCGAUAGAAUCUUUGUUAAGUCGCGACGAUGAUAUUAAAAGUAAGAAUGUUACCGACGGGUGCGAUAAUAAUUUGCAUGAGUUGUUAAUUAAUGGUGGAGGUGGUGGGUUAAAUGUAGAUGGUACUAAUUCGGGUGUAUCUGGUGGUAUUACUGGGUUUGGCGGUGGCGAUAGCGGGUAUUUUGUGAACAAUUUUGUUGAUAACGGUAAUCAUAGUGAUUUGGGUGGUGGUGCGAGUAGCAUUCGCAGCGAAAGUGACGAUUUUGUUGUGCGGCAGUUGAAUGCAGCAAAUGGCAGCAGUUUGGAGACAACGCCAGCAUUUCGCAUUCGUUCGGCUAGUGCGACGGCAAGUGACUGCGAUGAAUUUUAUCAGAGGAAUCUUAUUGAUGCAAAAUCCGACGACGACAGGAAGAAGCGACCGCGCACCGCCUUCACCGCCGCACAGAUCAAGUCACUGGAAGCAGAAUUCGAACGCAACAAAUAUCUCUCUGUUGCCAAACGUUGUCAAUUGUCCAAGACGCUAAAACUCACUGAAACUCAAGUGGCCAAUACGUAA